AGAAAGUGCGUUUUAGGAUGAUUACUGGGGGCGAGCGAGCGAAAGAGAUUAUGUGGGCUGUACACAACUGUUGUUUUAAUCCGCAGAGCGAAGAGAUUUAGCAAAAAAAAAAAACACGGGUUUCUCCCCUAGCAGCCAUAUUGUAUGGACAUUUGGUGGAAAAAGCAGAAGGAAAAAAAACACUUUCAAGAAGAACCUUGCCAAGACUUUGAGAUAGUUGAUUUUCAACUCACUGGCGGUGGGAUUCCGUUCAUUAGCCAGCAGUCCAGCUGGUUGACGAAUUUCACAGAUUGGGGAUCGUAUAUUUUUUUUAAAUUAGAGAAUACUAUAUUUACUUUUAGCUUGUUUUAUUAACAGUCGGCAAGAUGAAGGACCGAUUGGAACAACUCAAAGCUACAUGCGACAAUGACGAUGAGGAAGUGGAAAUUGCUAUUGACAAUGCAGCUUUUAUGGAUGAGUUCUUCUCUCAGAUCGAGGACAUCAGGAACAGUAUUGAUAAGAUUGAUGAGAAUGUCUCUGAAGUCAAGAAGCUCUACUCAGUCAUACUGUCUGCCCCCACAUCAGACCAGAAAACGCAGGAUGACUUGGAGGCUGUCACCAAUGACAUCAAGAAGAUGGCUAACAACGCCCGCAACAAACUCAAAACCAUCGAGAGGAAUCUGGAGUCUGAGGAAGAGGAGAGGAUUUCAGCCGACAUGCGGAUACGCAAAUCACAGCAUGCAGUGCUGUCCAGGAAGUUUGUAGACGUGAUGACCAAGUACAACGAGGCCCAGCUGGACUUCAGGGAGAGGAGUAAAGGACGCAUCCAGAGACAACUAGAGAUCACUGGCAAAGCUACGACAGACGAGGAGCUUGAAGAGAUGUUAGAGGGUGGAAACUCGGCCGUUUUCACUUCAGGGAUCAUGGACUCUGGGAUCUCGAAGCAGGCUCUCAGUGAGAUCGAGGCGCGACACAAAGACAUUGUGCGUCUGGAGAGCAGCAUCAAAGAGCUACAUGACAUGUUCGUGGACAUCGCCAUGCUAGUGGAGAGCCAGGGUGACAUUGUAAACAAUAUAGAAGCUCAAGUGUGUAAAGCGCAGGACCACAUAGCAGUGGCUAAGACUGAGACCAAAAAAGCCAUCAGGUACCAGAGCAAAGCACGCAAGAAGACAAUCAUUAUAGCAGUGGUCUGUGCUGUACUCGCUCUCAUCAUCCUCGCCAUCAUCCUAUCACAGACAGUAGGGUAAUAGAGGGACCACGCCCCCUAACCUCACCCUCUUCAUUCAUUUUCAUCACUCAAUCUUGCCCUCCUCCAGCUGUGAAGCCAAAGAGGGGGAUGAAGACGUAACCUAUCCCUUCCCUUGCCCUUGGACACUCCCCCUCUCUUACUGUAACUAUAGAAAAAGGCCCAGCCAGUGGGACUUCCUAGUUGGAGCAGGCUGGUGUUCCCCUUGGGGUGGCUGAGAGGAUGAGCACCAGGUGGGAAAGAAACAAGGGGACCAAAGCUGAGACUGGUUAUUAGCCCCUGAUAAAGCUCAACAAAAAAAGGGAAUCUGAAGAAGUGGAAAUCUUCACCCUCACACACAACUAAAUGGACACCGUGCAACAUUUAAUUUAAAUUCUCUGAACUACUUUCUAUUUUUCCAAUAAUGUUAAUAAUUUGAUUGAUCUUGAUCCGCACUUAAGGGAACCUGACACUCCUUUCCCCAUUACAAAAACCUAAUGACCCCCGCCACCACCCUUGCCUUGUUGUCUUGCCAUUCUGAACCUCCAAGCUGAAAAGUAGCAGCCUCCAGCCCAUAGAGGAAUGGUGCAUUGUUUAACUCUCCUAUGAUUCUUGUAUUGAGGGACACGAGUGGAUUUCACUUCAGUCUAUGUGAAAUCAAUGACUCUGUCCAUGUUUGAUGCCACUUGAAUAGUUAAAAAAAAAAUCCUAAAGCAGAGAGAUCUUCGUCGAACAUCUGAUUUGCUUCUUAUGCCUUCCUUUACAAUCUGUCCAAUCAAAUUCAUUUCAUGCACCCCACACCUCAGAUGCGGUAGCCACUGACGAGGCUCUAAGUGGGACAUUGAGGGUCUGGAAAUUUCAAGCUGAACAUUUUAAAUGUAAUCUUCACUGUAGUAUUAUGAUGGAUUCCAGAGAUUUUAAUGAAGGAAUAAAAUAUUUCGUUUUUUAA